AUGUCCUCUCUCUCAACGGCAGCCUGCCUUCGUGCAGCCGCUCGCUCAAAUCUCGGACGUGCUCAAGUCUCUCCUUUGCGGUGCUCUGGCUUGAGGAGUACUCCGCGCAGUGCUCUACCACCAUUCUCGCCUUCAUGGUCAAGAAGUGGCCAGAGAUGGUUCUCCGAGACGAGGAGAUGCUUCGAGGAGAGUGCUCCCAGGCGACCCAGAACACGGCCGACACUCGUGGAUGCCUGCGAAGUUUAUCGGCAGCGUAACCGGAGCUUGCUCAUGUACACUACUGCUGUGGCAGUCGCAUUUGUUGGACUCUCGUAUGCCGCCGUUCCGUUGUAUCGCAUGUUCUGCUCUGCGACUGGCUUCGCGGGUACACCAGUCACUGGGAACGGGCGAUAUGAGCCCUCCAGGCUGGUCCCAGUCGAGAAUGCCCACCGUAUCAAGGUUCACUUCAAUGCGGACCGAUCAGAGCAGCUUCCAUGGAAGUUCACGCCACAACAAAAGUUCGUGACUGUGUUACCUGGCGAGACGUCUCUAGCAUUCUAUCGCGCUCGCAACGAGAGCGACAAGGACAUCGUUGGAAUUGCCACCUACAAUGUUACGCCUGAUCGGAUCGCUCCUUACUUUAGCAAGGUCGAAUGCUUCUGCUUUGAAGAACAGAAGCUGUUGGCCGGCGAAGAGGUUGACAUGCCGCUUUUGUUCUUCAUCGACAAAGACGUAUUAGACGACCCUCAAUGUCGCGAUCUUGAUGAUGUCGUCUUGUCAUACACCUUCUUCAAGGCAAGGCGCACAGAACGAGGAGAUCUUGUUCCGGAUGCGGAUGAGGAAGUCGUUCUCAAAAGCCAAGGCUUUGACAAGUACGAGCAUGCUCCGCGGGUAGAAACGAAAAUUGAAGUACCAGAUAAACGGCUUGUAUGA